GGGCGGCGGCGACCCAGCGAGCCCCAUGCCCCGCGCGGGCUGAGCCGGGCCCGACAGGUCCUGCUGGAGCGACAUGAUGGUGGAAUCUGCCUCGGAGACAAUCAGGUCGGCUCCAUCUGGGCAGAACGGCGUGGGCAGCCUUUCUGGGCAGGCGGAUGGCGGUGGCGGGACUGGGGCUACAGGCACAGCCGCGAGCGGCCCGGGCAGGGACGCAGUGGCCGCCCCGGACAGCAACGGGGAGAUGAGCCCUGCGGAGCUUCUGCACCUCCAGCAGCAGCAGGCUCUCCAGGUGGCCCGCCAGUUCCUGCUGCAGCAGGCCUCAGGCCUGAGCUCCCCGGGGAACAAUGACAGCAAGCAGACUGCCUCUGCCUCUGCCUCUGCCGUGCAGGUGCCGGUGUCCGUGGCCAUGAUGUCGCCGCAGAUGCUCACCCCGCAACAGAUGCAGCAGAUCCUGUCACCGUCACAGCUGCAAGCUCUGCUCCAGCAACAGCAGGCGCUCAUGCUGCAGCAGCUUCAGGAAUAUUACAAGAAGCAACAGGAACAGCUGCAUCUACAGCUCCUCACCCAGCAGCAGGCUGGGAAACAGCAGCCCAAAGAGGCGCUGGGAAACAAGCAGCUGGCCUUCCAGCAGCAGCUCCUGCAAAUGCAGCAAUUGCAGCAGCAGCACCUGCUCAGCCUGCAGCGGCAGGGGCUGGUCAGCCUGCAGCCUAGCCAGGCCUCAGGGCCCCUGCAGACCCUCCCACAAGCAGCCGUGUGCCCCACAGACCUGCCUCAGCUGUGGAAGGGUGAGGGUGCCCCGGGGCAGCCUGCUGAGGACAGCGUUAAGCAGGAGGGGCUGGACCUCACCGGCACAGCCACCACCGCUACCUCGUUUGCCACACCCCCAAAAGUCUCCCCCCCACUCUCCCACCACCCCCUGCCCAACGGACAGCCCACUGUGCACACAUCUCGGAGAGACAGCUCCUCCCAUGAGGAGACCCCCAGCUCCCACCCCCUGUAUGGACAUGGAGAGUGCAAGUGGCCGGGCUGCGAGACCCUGUGUGAAGACCUGGGCCAGUUCAUCAAGCACCUCAACACGGAGCACGCCCUGGAUGACCGCAGCACGGCACAGUGCCGGGUGCAGAUGCAGGUGGUUCAGCAGCUGGAGAUUCAGCUGGCCAAGGAGAGCGAGCGGCUGCAGGCCAUGAUGGCCCACCUGCACAUGCGGCCCUCGGAGCCCAAGCCCUUCAGCCAGCCUGUGACUGUCUCUGCGGACCCAUUUCCCGAUGGCCUUGUGCACCCCCCAACCUCGGCAGCUGCCCCUGUCACCCCCCUGCGGCCCCCUGGCCUGGGUUCUGCUUCACUGCAUGGUGGGGGCCCUGCCCGGCGGAGAAGCAGUGACAAGUUCUGCUCCCCUAUCUCCUCAGAGCUGGCCCAGAACCACGAGUUCUACAAGAACGCCGAUGUCCGGCCCCCUUUCACCUACGCCUCCCUCAUCCGCCAGGCCAUCCUGGAAACCCCUGACCGGCAGCUGACCCUGAACGAGAUCUACAACUGGUUCACCAGGAUGUUCGCCUACUUCCGCAGGAACACUGCCACCUGGAAGAAUGCCGUGCGCCACAAUCUCAGCCUGCACAAGUGCUUCGUGCGUGUGGAGAACGUCAAGGGUGCUGUGUGGACAGUGGAUGAGCGGGAGUACCAGAAGCGCAGGCCGCCGAAGAUGACGGGGAGCCCCACCCUGGUGAAGAACAUGAUCUCGGGCCUCAGUUACGGAGCACUUAACGCCAGCUACCAGGCCGCUCUGGCCGAGAGCAGCUUUCCCCUCCUCAACAGCCCAAGCGUGCUGAACCCCGGCUCGACCAGCAGCCUCCUGCCCCUCAGCCACGAGGACAUGGGGGCCCCUGGGGAACCACUGCCCAGUAAUGGCAGCAGCAGCCCUCCUCGGCUGUCCCCACCCCAGUACAGCCACCAGGUGCAGGUGAAGGAGGAGCCCGCGGAGGUGGAGGAAGAUCGGAGGCCUGGAGUGCCCCUGGGCCCCCCCAAUCCCAGCACUGUGGGGCCUCCAGAGGACAGGGAGUUGGAGGAGGAGCUGCCAGGGGAGGAGCUAUCCUAAGGGACCUGGGGAGAGGGCGGGGGCGAUACCCCAGGCCCAAACCUGGCCUCCCCACCCCCACUUCAGCCCCAUGAACCUCAAGGCACUUCCCGGACUCGAGGGGGCAGCCUAGGCCAGCAACUCCCCUGCCAUGAACUGACACACGCUUAGGGGCAGGCACAGGCCCCGUCCCCAAGGGGACACGGAACCCCUGGUCUGGGACCAGCAGAGGACAUGGAGGGCCCGGACCCCUCCCAGACCCCCUUCAUCAAAUGCCAUCUCCCUAACCACCAGCAGCAGGCCCCACCACUCUCCCAGGACGGAGCCCCAUGCGGGGGAACCCCCUCUAAGGGCCUGUGCCGCUCCCCUGAUUUGUAUGCCCCGCCCUUUCUGUACUGUGAAGCGGGUGCUCUCGGGGCCCCAGCUCCUCGGCCCGGCCAGCUCUCCUCCCCUCCGCAGCCACAUCUGGGAUAUAGCACUCUGUGCCCCGUGGGGGUCCCCACGAGCAGCACCCAGGCUGGACUGUGCGAAGCCUCCUGGGCCCUCCAGCAGGUGCUGUGGGAUGAGGCUAGCACCCUGCUCAAAGCCACCUUCGGGUGGGACUGAGCCACCUGCCGGA